GUUCAUGUAAGCUCGCGGCUGGAGAUUUCUGCAUCUGUGAAGCGUCUUUUACCUCAAAAAACAUCAAAAUCAUCAAGAAACUGUCUGAUUCCGUCUCUAAUAUCUGCACAGUUUGCUCAUGCGGUAUUAAAGGCGUCUGAAAAUGUCGUAUCAUGUUGGUCGUGGUGGUCCGAGGGGAAGACCAGCUGUUCCAGGGCAGAUGUACCACCCCAGUCCUCCGCGGUAUCACUAUGAUCCUCCAGCCGGCCCUGCUCCUGUAUAUAACCAUCCUGGCGGCAGCGGUUACAUGCCACCGCCUCCACCUCCUGACCUCAUGCCUUUUCACUUUUCUGCACAGUUACAUGGCCCUAACGCCCAGUGCCCCAUACGACUUCCAGUGUUCCCAGAGCCCCCGCCUUUUCUUCCUCCGGCUCCUCACGGCUCUGACUGCUCUGCUCAGCUCCCGCCUCAGAGCUCCUACUCCUACAUGAUGCCCCCAGUUACCUCGAUGCCCCUGACACGGAUGCCACCCCCACCGCUGCCAUCUAUGUCCUAUCCGCCCUCAUAUCCAAUGAGUUACCCUCCCCAACCCCAGGUCCCUCCUCCGCCCAAUUUCAGUCACACUUACGCUCCGCCUGGGGGCUCGUUCAAACCCGACCAUUCUCCGCAGUACAAGCCGGACAAUUGCGCCCGCUCGCCUGAGAGGCUCCGUCACCAUGACGGUCACAGGCACAGGGGGCAUGGCUAUGGAGCAUACGGAGGCAGAGAGAGAGAGAGAGACAGAGACCGAGGACGCAGUCCUGAGCGCAGACGGUCAGACAGCCCGCCGCGGUACAAAGGAGACUAUGACAGGGGCCGUGUUGCACAGAGACAUCGCAGCAGAGAGCACCAUCGCCAUAGAGAUGAGCGUUGCUCGCCCCACCCGGACAGACACAGAAAACACGCUCGCACCCGCUCGAGCAGUCGAGAGAGAAAACGCCGGCGCGUGGAGCUGGAGAAAGAGAGGAGAACAGAUGCAGGCACAAGCAGCAGAGAGAAAUCUGUGAGCAGCAGAAGAGACGCAGAUGAAACGUCCAGUGAACGUCAUGUGGAGGAAAAAGGAGAGGAGGAUUCGCUGAAACCUGCCUGGAUCCGCUGCACUCACGCUGAGAGCUACUACUCCAAUGACCCAAUGGAUCAAGUGGGUGACUCUACGGUUGUGGGUACGAGUAAGCUGAGAGAUCUGUAUGAGAGGUUUGAAGAAGAGCUCGGCCGGAGACAGGAGCGCACUAAAUCCAGCCGACCAAAAUGGCAGCCACCCAAAACCAAACUGGACCAGGAUGAAGAUGAGAGCUCCAGUGAAUCAGAGUGUGAGUCUGAUGAAGGGGGCAGCAGUUGUUCGAGCAGUUCAGACUCAGAGGUGUUUGACGUCAUCGCUGAGAUCAAGAGGAAGAAAGCUCAUCCUGAUCGUCUACAUGAGGAGUUGUGGUAUAAUGAUCCGGGACAGAUGAAUGAUGGUCCAUUGUGUAAGUGCAGUGCUAAAGCCAGACGUACUGGAAUCCGUCACAGUAUUUAUCCUGGUGAAGAGCCGGUGAAAACGUGUCGACCGAUGAACAACAAUGCUGGCAAACUGUUUCACUACAGAAUCACUGUGUCCCCGCCCACCAACUUCCUGACGGACAGACCAACAGUGAUUGAAUAUGAUGAUCACGAGUAUCUGUUUGAGGGGUUCUCGCUCUUCUCUCACACACCUCUCACUAAUAUUCCUCUGUGUCAAGUUAUUCGUUUCAACAUUGACUACACCAUUCACUUCAUCGAGGAGAUGUCACCUGAGAACUACUGUGUCAAGGGUCUGGAGCUUUUCUCCUCCUAUCUCUUCAGAGACAUUCUAGAGCUCUACGACUGGAACCUAACAGGUCCUGAAGAUGAAGCUCCUCAAGGUUGUCAGAGAUUUCAUUUCAUGCCGCGCUUUGUUCGCUUCCUCCCAGAUGGAGGUAAGGAGGUGCUGUCCAUGCAUCAGGUGUUGUUGUACAUGCUGCACAGCAGUAAGCCGCUGGUCCCCGCUGAAGAGAUCGCAAACAUGUUACAGUGGGAGGAGCUGGAGUGGCAGAAGUACGCUGAAGAGUGCAAGGGCAUGAUCGUCACCAACCCUGGCAUGAAACCAAGUUCAGUGAGGAUCGAUCAGUUAGAUCGGGAGCAGUUCAAUUCCAGCGUCAUCACUUUCCCCAUCAUCGUUCAUUUCGGCAUCCGGCCGGCUCAGCUCAGUUACGCUGGAGACCCGCAAUAUCAAAAGUUGUGGAAGAGUUAUGUAAAGCUGCGUCACCUGCUGGCCAACAGCCCGAAGGUCAAACAGAUUGAUAAACAGAAGUUAACACAAAGAGAGGAAGCUCUGCAGAAGAUCCGUCAGAAGAACACAAUGAGACGAGAGGUGACGGUGGAGCUCAGCAGUCAGAGCUUCUGGAGAACUGGUGUCCGCUCUGAUAUCUGCCAGCACGCUAUGAUGCUGCCGGUGCUCACUCAUCACAUCCGCUAUCAUCGGUGUCUGAUGCAUCUGGACGAUCUGAUCGGCUACAGGUUUACAGAGCGCUGUCUGCUGCAGUUGGCAAUGACUCACCCCAGUCAUCAUCUGAACUUUGGGAUGAAUCCCGAUCACGCUCGUAACUCUCUGUCCAACUGCGGCAUACGGCAGCCCAAGUACGGAGACCGGAAAGUGCAUCACAUGUACAUGAGGAAGAAGGGAAUUAACACCUUGAUCAACAUCAUGUCACGUCUGGGCCAGGACGACCCAUCGCCCUCCAGGAUCAAUCAUAAUGAGCGGCUGGAGUUUCUGGGUGAUGCAGUCGUUGAGUUUCUCACCAGCGUGCAUCUCUUCUAUCUCUUUCCCAACCUGGAGGAGGGCGGACUCGCCACAUACCGCACAGCGAUCGUUCAAAAUCAGCAUCUCGCUAUGCUUGCUAAGAAACUGGAGCUGGACCGGUUCAUGUUAUACGCUCACGGGCCGGAUCUAUGUCGAGAAUCAGACCUCAGACAUGCCAUGGCCAACUGUUUUGAAGCUCUGAUCGGUGCGGUUUAUCUAGAAGGAGGUUUAAAAGAAGCCAAGCUGCUGUUUGGCCGACUGUUGUUCAACACUGAGGACCUGAGGGAGGUUUGGCUCAACUUCCCACCUCAUCCUUUACAGGUUCAGGAGCCCUUGACAGACAGACAGCUGAUCGAGUCGUCUCCAGUCUUACAGAAACUCACAGGUUUUGAGGAGGCUAUAGGAGUUUUGUUCACUCACGUGCGUCUCCUCGCUCGAGCGUUUACUCUGAGAACUGUGGGCUUCAAUCAUCUCACACUGGGGCACAACCAGCGGAUGGAGUUUUUGGGUGAUUCUAUCAUGCAGCUGGUGGCGACGGAGUAUCUGUUCAUCCACUUCCCAGAUCACCAUGAAGGACAUCUCACUCUUCUGCGCAGCUCCUUGGUGAAUAAUCGCACACAGGCGAAGGUUGCAGAAGAGUUGGGCAUGCAGGAACACGCCAUCACCAAUGACAAAACCAAACGCCCUGUUGCCCUGAGGACUAAGACUCUGGCAGAUCUGCUCGAGUCAUUCAUUGCAGCUCUGUACAUAGAUAAAGACCUGGAGUACGUGCACGCAUUUAUGAACGUCUGCUUCUUCCCACGACUCAAGGAGUUCAUUUUGAAUCAGGACUGGAAUGACCCUAAAUCUCAGCUUCAGCAGUGUUGUCUGACUCUGAGAACGGAAGGAAAAGAACCUGACAUUCCUCUCUACAAAACGCUUCAGACCGUCGGACCGUCUCACGCCCGCACAUACACUGUGGCCGUCUACUUUAAGGGCGAGCGGAUUGGCUGUGGAAAAGGACCGAGUAUUCAGCAGGCUGAGAUGGGUGCAGCUAUGGAUGCGCUGGAGAAAUAUAAUUUUCCUCAGAUGGCUCAUCAGAAGCGUUUCAUCGAGCGUAAGUACCGUCAGGAGCUGAAGGAGAUGAGACGAGAACGAGAGCGUCAGGAGAGAGAGAGUGAUGAAGGCUAGUCUCACAACACCAGCUUCAGCAAUACAACUGAACUGAAAAUAUUUGUGUGUGUUUUUGUGUCUUUACUCAUACUGUUUUGUUUUUAUAUAGAAAUAAAAAGUGAAAUACUUCAAAUAAACUCGA